GUCACACUACGCAGCCAUGAACACAAUUAGAUCAACCUGGAUUGGCUGGGGCGCUCUCUGUGUCGCCGGCGGUGGCGCCUACUACUUUGCCAAACAAUCCAUCAAUGCCGACCGACAAGCCCGCUUCGAGGCCGAAGUCACCCGCAAGGCCCAGUUGAAAGCAAUGGAAGCUGAGCACACACGACAGGCGGCCUUGGCCGCUGCCGCGAGCACCACGAACCCGAGCGAGGACCCCAGUCUGAAGCGCGCGAAUAUGACCCGAUUCCAGAAUGCGGCCGACGACGUGGCCUCGCCCAGUGCCGAAGCUUCGCAUGACCCGGCGCCAACGCGACAUGAGCCGAUGACCGAAACCGAUCGGGUAUCGGAGAAGGGGAAAUACGAGGCUGCAGAGCCGUUCCGGCCGCCGCGGGGGAACCGCUUCAGUUGAGAAGCUUUCCAUGCGUCCUGAAAGUUUUUUUUUGUAUAUGUGAACGUGUAAAAUACUGAGGAAAAAGACAUCCAAUGCGGCGUGCCGCCAGGUUGGUAUGCAGUUACAGAGCGAGUCUGCGAGUUGAUCUGCGACUCUUGAUUUUUUCCUAUUUGGCUUGACAAUCAAGACUACAUCCGACAGGAG